AUGGCCUCCCAAAACGCAGCAAAGGCUCUUCACGCCGUAGAACGCGUCGUCCCCGUCCACAAAAAAUACACAAUCCAAUCCACCGGCAUCUGGGAACGAAUCCGCCGCCUCCUAGCCGUCGACUCCACGCGCUCCAACGGUGUGCCCCUAAACCCGCAAUUCCGCAACCCACCCCCAGGAUCCAACGCACCCCUCUCCUUCAUCGACCCCGUCACCCUCCCCGCGGGCGACAUCGCCGAGAACCCGUACUGGAAGCGCGAUUCUCGGCGCUCGUACCCGCAGCUCUCGUUUGUGAGCCAGGCCGAUGCGGUGGCGCUUUUGACUGUAGGCAGCGAGGCGGCGCCGAAGAAGGAACUGGUUGGGGAGGAGGGCGGCAAGGCGCUGGUGCAGGCUAAGGGCGAGGGGGAGAAGGGGUUGGCGGCGCAUUUUGAGGCCGUGGGGAAGAAGGGCGUGCUGGAGGCGUUGGGGAAGGGGGGACUGCCGCCGUUGCCGAGUGGUGCGCAUUUGAAGGAGGGGGCUGAUAAGUAUAACUUGACGGAGGAGAAUGCUUAUCCUGAACAGUAUCCGUGCCGGACGUUUCAAUAG